AUGUCUGGCCACAUAGGACGUCGAUUAUAUGCGAACAUAUACAAACGAGCGCAUCCCCUCCUCUCCCGUGCUGAGCAAUCCUCCACCGCAGCCUGGUCAUCGUUUAUAACUGGUGCCGCAAUUCCAUCAAACACUGCCAAGGUCUUGGGCACUUCACCUACUUCUAAUGCUGUGGAAUCCGGCGCGUCAUGCGCUAUCACUUCUACGGAAAAGAUAAUAUGUCAACACGGAAGUACGGGAUAUGUGGAUAAACACAGGCUGGGAGGUUUGGCGAAAAGCGUUUGGAGAAGAAGUAUCUAUACCUCGUCGGGGGGCGAUGAUGAUGAUAUGCAAACCUCCGCCGACAUUCCCUCCAGAACAUCUAACACCACCACACAGCGCACGUCAUCUCCACCCGAUGACACUAAGACCUCCAAUCAACCAUUUGUGACGCCCAUUGAAUCUGAAUCUAGAUCUGCUUCUGAACCUGCACUAUCGCCGUUACACUCGAACGGCAAAACUGUGUCAGGAAAGGCGCAUACUGGUGGUAGUUCUACGACAACCAGCCAUUUCACGGAUCGAUUGCCCCAUCGACCCACGAAGGAAGAAUUACUGGCUGCCGCAACUGGGUUUUGGUCAAGGCUCAAAGUGCGUUUCAAGUGGUUCUCAAUACGAAGUAUCCGGCCCUUCAAUGUAGAUGAUAUUGGAGCUUUCUUUUCUUGGAUUCUUCUUGGCCAUGUACUGUGGAUUAUUCUUGGGACCACAACUUUUUUCUCUCUCCUGAUAUUAGCCAUUAAUACUGUUUUUGCUCAAGGCAACUACCUAACCAAAUCCUCAGGACUCACCGUUGUUUUCGAAUCAGCAAUCGUACCUAAAUGGAAGGAUGGCGUUAUAACGUUCAAAAACGUCUUCGUUUCGAGGCGCCCUGGCCAAGGUGCCGGAAACGUGAGCAAAGGUUCACCUAAAACAGCGGCUGAAACGGCUGCUGCUGCUGCGUUAAGGGAUAAUCAUUCGGACGUGGAGGAGGAAGAUACGAAUUAUACCCAGUUCGACGUAUCGAUUAACACGGUCAACGUAACUCUAUCAUUUGCCAAAUGGUUCAAUGGCAAAGGCCUCUUGCGAGAUGUCGAAGUGAUUGGCGUCCGAGGUAUCGUCGACAGGACCCAUGUGUGCUGGCCCGAGGGUGACCUCGACCCCAAAUCAUAUCGACACGAGCACAACCCAGGUGACUUCGAGAUUGAUUCAUUCAAAAUGCAGGAUCUACUAGUCACAAUUUACCAGCCAAAUAAUUUCCGACCAUUUUCAGUCUCCAUUUUCUCCUGUGACCUGCCCCAGCUCCGACGCCAGUGGCUCUUUUACGAUUUCAUGUCCGCCAAUACUAUGUCUGGCUCGUUUGACAAUUCUAUAUUUACGAUCCACCCCCGGCAAACACAUUCUUAUACGGGCGCGCUGUUGGGCGACGGUGGAGAGGAUCACGGCGAGGCUAGCCCGUGGAAAAAGCACAGUCGAAUCCGUAUUGAUGGACUUAGUAUUGAUCACCUUAACCGUGGCGUUGAAGGCCCGUUCUCAUGGAUCCAUGAAGGCAAUGUCGAUAUCGUAGCCGACAUCAUGUUCCCGGCCGACAAUGAUGAGAGCCUUGCGAAGGUCAUGUCAGACUUUUACGACCGCCUAGAAGCCGCCGUUACGUCGAAUCGCUACCAGACACAUCCUAACGGCUCUGCUCCCCAUGGUGCAGCUUCUCAGAAUGAGGCCAAUGGCAAGAGCCAUGCUGUUCUAGUUUCUCCAGGGAGAGGGGAGGACGAUAAACGAUUGGUCGUUACUGAUCUCCGCAUCCAUCUUAAUAACAUACGAGCUGUUGUUCCUCUAUUCACUAGGGAUCUUUCAUACGUCAACAACGCGCUCAUUCGGCCCAUUGUCGCGUACAUGAAUUCCAAGCGCACAUUCAUACCUAUCCAGUGUCGACUUGUGAAGCGCGUUAGUGAUUUCGAUGGCAGUUGGACAAUAUACGAUAGUGGGUUGAUGACCGAUUUGUCCGCUGAAACCUACGAAGCAUUCGCUCAAGAUGUUGUGGAUGAACAGGCUCGGAAACGGCGAUUUAAGAAAGUGGGGCUUUGGUCUCUGCAACUUGCUGCCCAGGCGAUUUUGAUGGGCAUGGCAGGCAAUAUUGUAUAA